ACUGAGCCAAAACAUUCAACGAUUCCUAAGCCAUGUGGCAAUUCUUACAGACUGGUCUCCUAUGGAAAUGUUUGUUAUUCUUGUUGAGUUUUGCGUAUCUCUAUUGGGUACCUUUUACAAAGGUCGAGGAAAGUUUUAAUAUUCAAGCAACUUUUGACUUGAUAUUCCAUCCUCUUCAACUAUCCUCCUAUGAUCACUUUGUCUUUCCUGGUGUGGUAAGUACUCUUGCAACACAAUACAGCAGUGCUUUGUUAAUAUCCAUCCCUUUGAUACCCUUGCAACGCAUCUUUGAGUGGUCUCCCUUGACCUGUUUGUUUGUUGUUCGUGCCACUUUAUUGUUGUUGCUUCUCUCUACUAUCUUACUAUUGGAAAGAGCAACUUGUCAUCGUUAUGGGAGGGCAGUUGGAAAUUGGUUUCUCUUGAUAACUUGUUCUCAAUUUCAUAUCUUAUUCUAUGGUUCACGAUUAUUACCCAACACUUUUGCACUAGUGUUUUCUAAUCUUUUCCUUUCUCUUUUUCUGGAAGGACACUGGAAUAUAUCCUUUUUCAUUCUAUCUUUUACUUGUGUCGUAUUUCGCUUUGAACUUGUAUUAUUGUUAGCUGUUUCCUUUCUCAUUGUACUUGGCCAUCAUCAUAGACAAGUGUCGAAAAGUGUUAUUCGAUAUGGUUUUUGGGGUUCCAUCGUUGGAACACUACUUUCAGUUAGUAUCGAUUCUUUAUUUUGGAAACGAUUCUGUUUUCCAGAAUUCGAAGCUUUUUAUUUCAAUGCCAUUCAAGGACAUUCUAAACAAUGGGGUGUAUUUCCUUUCUAUUGGUAUUUUACUCAUGCCAUACCCAAGUUGUUGAUGGGAGCUUUGGGUGGUUUAUCUAUAGGUUGGAUAUUGGAUAGAAGAACUUGGUCACUUUAUAUCAUUUCCUUUGGUUAUGUUGUUCUUUAUUCAUGUUUGGGACACAAAGAAGUUCGAUUUAUUUUCUAUGUCGUUCCAUUGUGGAAUAUUUGUUCUGCAGUUGGCAUGGAAUCCUUACGUAAGACAAGUAACAAAUAUCGACUUGCUAUCUUUUUUUAUAGAGGAUUAUGUUUCAUGUUGAUGCUUUCGUUGAUCGUUUCUCUCUUUUGGGUGUGGAUUUCUUCUCAUAAUUAUCCUGGUGCUAAAGCCUUACAGACUCUACAUCACAUGCAGGAAGGAUCAGUUCAUAUAGACCCAGCAGCAGCUAUGACAGGCAUUUCAAGAUAUCUACAACAACCAUCAGGAAAUUGGAAAUAUUCUCGUCAAGAACAUAUCGAUGACUUCACCUCAUUCGAUUAUCUUAUCACGGAAAAGAGUUUUGUGGAAAAUUUUACAAUGAUUCGUUCUAUCUUUGCGUUUUCUCAAAUGGAUUGGAAACAUAUCCAACCCAUUUUUCAAACCAAAAUAUUUAUACACGUUGCAAAUAGUUCAUUGACUUCCUUAUAAUAGAGGCAAAUAGAAUGGAUUGCAAAUAAACUUUAUCAGUUACCA